AAAUAACAUGGAUUUUUGCAUAUUUCAUAUCAACUUUCAUUAACAUCUCAUUUUCAUUGUCAAGCAAAUCCAUGUUCUUUAUUGAGGGUGUGCAUCCUGUCAAUCUUCAUGCUCCAGUACACAAUAGAAGCUUGAAGAGCAUCUGGGAAUGGACUUCUCAUGAUUCCAAAUUUCGAAAUGCCCAUCUCUGUACCCUGGAAAGGCUUGAUGAUGAAUCUACUUAUUCUUGUCACUGGAGUGUAAACCUUCAAAAAAACUUUGACAUUGAGGCAGAUGGAAAUCUAAUUAUUAAGCCUCUGUUUGAAAAUGCUGGCAUUUUUAUUUUUAAGCAAGUCUCCACUCAUGAAAUAAGCCUGGCUAUGUUUGAAGUAUAUGCUUUUCGAUUUAUUCCAUUUAUUUGGAACCCAGUUAAGCUUGGGAGUGAUGUUACUCGAGUGUGCACAAUUUCAAGAGUGGAGGACUUCAUGACAGUCUAUUGGACACACAAUGGGAAAGCUACAGAUGGUACAGAGUUUCGAUAUAAAAACACACAUUUCCUUAUUUUAAAAAAUGUUGAGGAAAAGAGCCAAGGAAAAUACACGUGUGUUUUAAAGAUAGAUGAAACAACAGAAUUUGGUGUGUUCAAUAACAUAACCAUUGAAAGUUCUGAAAAACAACUUGAUUACACUCUUUACAGGGAAAAAAGUGCUGAAAGCAAAGUCCAGCUACUGUGCAGACUACCCAAUAGUUAUAGUAAUGCUUCAUGGUCCUGGAAAUCAGUUGAUUCUCCUGAAAGUGACCUCCAACUUCUUGCCUCUACUGGUCCCAAUUAUUCUGAAAAUGUCUUUCAUGCAAGUCAUAGAAACAGAUUUCUUUCUCCAGGAAUAAUCCAUUCUAGCCAUAGAUUUACCAUGGAGAUCUGGCAUGUGAACUUUGAAGAUGCUGGGAUAUAUGUUUGCAAUGUUGAUUCACAUACAUACUUGAGAAUAAAACUUAUAACAGUUGAGGUUUCUGUUUCAGUGGGAAACAUGGCAGGCAGAACGGCAGCUCAGCUCAAAUGUAUGCUAUCUGGAGUUUCUGAGGCUGUCAGAUUGACUUGGAUGAAAGAAGAUGGCCACACGAUGGUCCUGGUGAAAGACAAGAAUUUAACUUCUGAUGCUGACAGAAUUUUAUCGUUAGUCAUUCCUAACAUUAGCAAAGUGUUACAAAAAUGGGCAUGUGUUGUCUUCAAGGAGAACAUUCCUACUGCUUUUUUUCCAUUGAAACUUAAAGAAUCAGAAUCCAACCCAAAUGUUUCCACACACAUUAUGAUUGCUAUUGGAGUUGUUCUCUGUGUGAUUUUCAUUGGAAUUGCCAUAUCAUUCUUCAUAAAAAAGAAAAUUGAUUCAAAUUUGGAUUCUGAUGUCUGCGUUGAAAAUAUUUAUGAAAAUGUGGGAUGGAAAGAAGAAAUGCCUCUUGAGAGACUGAAUUCUACUAAACUUCCUGGAUAAGCAAAACAAAACCUAAGUGUUGGUGUAAUUUCAAGCUCAUAAUAUUGUGUAAAGAUUGUGUUCUCUGCUGGACUGUCCAUAACCUAGGAAUCUAAACUUUCCUUCAAAAUGACCAACGCGUCUAAUCUCAAUGAAAGUGUGUUUUAGCUCCUUACAAAUAUUUGAAUGAGGUUUUAUUUUCAGUAGUUUCACUGCUUAGGUUAAUCUCUUCAAAAGCCUUAUGCUACAACCUUUACUUAAAUGUAUUACCUGUCUGAAAAAUGUGAAAUGAUUUAUGUUUCUAGUAACCUUUCUUGUAUUUAGUUUCUUUGCUCAUAUGUGUCAGAAGAACAGCCUUUAUUGUAUAUUUUCUUGUUAUACUUUGCCUGACUGAUACUGGAAUUCUUUCUUUUACUCUGAGAAAACUAGAAUGGACUUUGAUUUUUUUUAAAAGAAUGUGUGCUACAUUUUUCUACUUUACGGUAACUAAAUGAAAAUUAACAAAGCAAAGUAUAUCAAUCGGCCACAACCUUAAAACCUCCUGCCCAAUAUCAUGUAGUUCCCCCUCGUGCCACCAACACAUUUCUGACAAAUCAAGACAUGGACUCCACAAGAGUAGACCUCGGACAAGCGGCUCUUCAAAUAUGUGCAGUGCACACCAUAGGAUUCCACAAAUGCAGGUGGCGGUGGCUGGAUGUGUCUGGUGGACAGCUGCUCUACCAUCCAAUGAAGGUCUGCACAAGGCUCAUUAGCAAAGUCCAUAUAUGGUUGUUUCAGAAUGGUAGGCUGGAUUUGAGGUGAGUUCACAUCUCUCUAUUAUAUAAAAAAAAUCCUGGGAUGAGACAAGACUUU